AUGGAGGGUAAUUAUGUGCCUUAUGGAAGAUCAACAUGGUUUGCUCGAAACCAAACAAAUGAUGACCACUUUAGAAGAGAAGUAUAUAUUGGGGUCAUUGAUCAAAUUAAUCAAGAGCUUGACAAUCAGUUUGAUGAGGUUAAUAUGGAGUUGCUUUCUUGUAUGUCGACCUUGAAUCUUGCCGACUCAUUUGCCUCUUUUGAUGCAGACAAGGUACAUAGAAUUGUUGAGUUUUACGCUAAUGAUAUUUCAAGCACCGACUUGAUAAGACUUGAAAUAGAACUUGAUAACUAUAUUGAUGACAUGAGGAGAGAUGAUAGCUUCAAAGGCAUAGACAACCUUGUGGACCUCUCAAUUAAGCUUGUUGAAACAAAGAAACAUAAAGUUUAUGAUUUGGUGUACUUGCUUCUCAAAUUGGUAUUGCUUCUACCGGUGGCGACGGCAAGUGUUGAAAGGGUAUUUUGUGCAAUGAGUUUAGUCAAGAGUAAGUUGAGAAAUAGGAUGGGUGAUGGUCUUUUGGAUGAUUGUCUAGUCACAUUCAUUGAGCGAGAUAUUUUCUUCAAAGUGAAUGAAGAUGAUAUAAUCGAGACUUUCAUGACCAUUAGAAGGCGUAAGACCAACAAGAAUUAG